CUUGCAUCCAUUUAUAGCGUAUACUUGAGAUCUACGGAUAUCUUCUUUUCAAUUUUAAUAAGCCUUCGACCAGAAACCGAGACACCUUGUGUAUCCAUUACCUUCAUGUAUUAGUCUUCUUUAGACACCCGAACUUAACAGUCAUGGAUAUCGAUAUAACACAUCUAAAACAUUCCCUCAUCUGGCAACCGGUAUCAAUGAGUAUAGGAAGCUUAGGACUGUCAAACCUGAUUUGUCAUGUGCUGUAUGGCGUUCUGGACUGGAGGGCGGUAGCUUUGACCACGUCUUUUCACUUUAUCAGCAUUGCCUUGGACCACUACAAAGAUCAUCUACAAUCUUAUAAGAUCGCAAAACAGAGCAGGAAUCAAGAUGCUCUCAAUAUCUUUCAAUUCACACAUUGGAUGAUCUUUUUAUCCGCACUUAUCGCUGUUACAGCACUUACGCAAUGCCCGCUAUCUACGACUGUAAAAACGGCCUGUUUUGUUGCACCGGCACUACUGUGGGAUUUUCAUAUUUUUGAAUUUACUUAUAAGGGAAGAAAGGAGUAUGUCUCUGUCAAACGGAUUCCUGGUAUUAAACCGUUUCUUGUUGGAUUUAUCCGUGGGUGCGGGACUUACUUAGUUGUGGAGUCCAUCAUGACCCCAACUUACACUUACCAACCUGUGUACCCAUGGAACCCUUUCCAGCUGAUUGUAUGGGUAAUGAUGGACAGAUCAUGUUAUUCGUUUCUGUUAGAUAUACGUGAUUAUGAUGAAGAUAAGAGGGGGAGCGUACGCACCCUAGUGGUUCUACUGGGCUCGAUUCCUCUUUCCAAGUUGUUCCUUGUUGUGGCCCACUUCAUUACCAUUUGCAUCUUUCACGAAAACCUAUACAUUAUAGGUGCGGCGCUCUACGCAGCGGCUCUUGGGUUAUAUUUGGACCACAAGAGUCACGGGGUAUGGUUCGAUCUGAGCUGUCAUUCGCUGACUUUCGCUGUUGCUGGCUACUUCAUUGUUCAAUUAACAUAGUGUCAUGUAAUGCUGGUGUAUUUGCUUGGAGGAAAAUCUCAUAUAAAACCUGAAAGUACUAGGGUAGAGGAUUGUUUCUAAUACAGAGUAUUGCAAUACUCCUCCACCGCAUUAUUCUACACCAACCCGCUUGUCAUCCUUCAUCGUCUAUUCCACGUGGGGCGUUCACGUGAGACUAUCAUCUACUACUAGGAGAAUAAGUGCUAGGAUUGAAUUCUAAAACUGAGACCAGGAUGAAGUCGACCAAAAAGUCCGGCUCUUGCAGCGCUUGGAGUAAUA